UUUCUUAAUUAUAUGAGAAAAUUUUUCUAUUUUGUUGAAGAAAAUACUCUAGGAGAGAGACAUAUUAAUAGCUUCUUUACUUGCCAUAGCACCUCCAAAUGAAUUAUGGAGAAGGAAUGGGCGACGGGAGCUGCAACAAGAAGCACAUAAUUCUCGUCCAUGGCGCUUGCCAUGGAGCAUGGUCUUGGCACAAGGUGACGACCCAGUUGAGGUCCGCUGGGUACCAGGUUACGGUGCCCGACCUUGCGGCCUCCGGCGUCGACGAGCGGCGGUUCCAGGACCUGCGAUCGUUCAUCCACUACUCCCAGCCGCUCCUGGACAUAUUGGCCUGCCUCCCCCCUGGUGAGAGGGUCAUUCUGGUAGGCCACAGCCUCGGAGGCCUCAACAUAGCUCUGGCUAUGGACAGGUUCCCUGAGAAGAUCGCCGCCGCCGUCUUCGUCACCGCCUUGAUGCCGGAUUCAGUCAACCCGCCCUCCUACGUCAUGGACAAGCUUAAAAAGGAAAAAACCAUGUUAUUUUGGAGCGACACACAAUUUGGCUUAGUCGGGGACGAAGAUAAAGGUCCCGUUUCCUUGCUAUUGGGCCCCAAAUUCUUAUCCAAGCUUUACACACGUAGCCCCCCCGAGGAUCUCACGCUGGCGAGGACCCUCAUGAGGCCUUCUUCCUUCUUCCUUGAAGACCUCGGGUCCAUGCCUCCCUUCUCCGAGUCGGGUUACGGAUCGGUCGAGAAGGUCUACGUCGUGUGCGCUCAGGAUGAGAUCGCCAGCGAAGGGUUUCAGCGCUGGAUGAUCGAGAACAACCCAGUGAAAGAGGUGAGAGAGCUGGAGGACGCUGACCAUAUGCCCAUGUUCUCAACCCCGAAGCAGCUGUUUCAGUGCCUCUCGGAUGUUGCCGAUGCCUAUGCUUGAUCCUCCCGGGUUUUACUAUUACAAGCCACCGAAUACUGUGGCCAUAGUAAAGAAGAUAAAUUGUACGUGCGUUGCUGCUA